AUGAACAAUCAACCGAAGUCAUGGCAAUUUGUUCCAGAAGAAAUAUUUGUUACCCUGAUCAAGAACAUCGACAACCUUAACGAUUUGCUCCACUUAUCCCAAACAUGCAAGUUCUACCAUGAAGUGAUUCUGAACAAGGUCUACACAAACUUGCUAUUUGUAAACUCAAAUUACAUUGGACCUAGAAACUUUUAUCAGAUACAGGGGAAUCAAUUGGUGGAGAAGGGAGAUCCAGUAAGCUUUACUGUCGUUGAGGAAGGGGCCACAAUUAAUCGGUUGAUUGCGACUUUAGAAGAUGCUCCAAAUUUGGUCAAAUAUAUCAAACAUAUCAUCAUCUAUACCAGUAGCAAGGAGUUUACAAGUCAGGUGGAGAAUGAUGAAUUCAUCACAAAGCAAAACGUCUAUCAACAAUUGUAUGGACUUCUAAUCAACAAUAAUACCGAGCUCCGCUAUUUGACGAAUUUUGACUACUCCAACCUUCAUAAUGCCUCCUUUUUGAUCAAUUCGAUCAGAGAUGUUUCCUUAAGAGAUACCAAAGUUAUCAUGUAUGAAAAUGACGACCUGACCUUUCACGAAGAUAAUUCAUCAUCUCAUUCAAUCCUUCCCAAAUUGCAAAAUCUACAGCUAUUGAAUUUGUCUGAUAUCGAGUAUUGCUCUUCCAUUGUGAAAUUGUCGUUGUAUCUAGACAAAUUCACAUAUAUUGAUAUCAAUUUAUCAAAUUACGAACACAUAUUUCAGAAACUGGAAAUUUUGGAACUUCAAUCUGUCAAGACAAGUGACUACUUUCUGAAAAAAUUAGGUCAGCAUCCAAAUGUUAAACUUUCCAGCCUUAGAACACUGAUGUUAGCAUUUGAUCAUACCGCAAACAAUUUUUUCAAUGAGUUUGAGCUUUUGGAUAGAAUCAAUUUGUCCACCCUGAAAAGUUUGGAUCUCAAAUUCAAAUGCUCAUUUACUGCCUGUUUGAAAGAUUGUUUCAUGCAUUUCAUGUACACAUUAUAUCAAAAAUUCCAGGAACAUUCAUUAAAGACUCAUGACUCGGCAUGUGGACUUGAGCAAUUUUCGUUGUUAAAUUCAUCGAUGUCAAACAUGUUGUCGACGACUUCUUCUGUAUAUACGGAGUUUUCUACUCCAAUCUAUAGAUUUCUGCAAAGUGUUUUGUUUGUCACCGAUGAAAAGAACAAUUUUGCCCUCUGGAGAAAAAUGAGGUACCUGUAUUUCAACACCAACGAUUUUAUUUUUAUCCCUCAGUUGAUCCCCGAUUUUCCAAUGGAUUUGUCACAAGAAAGAUGCACAUUCAAGGUGACGCCAACUUACCUCCUGUUCAAGUACGAAUGUUUCAAUCAAAUGUUCCAGGACGACUAUUUGAUUGGAACUCUGGAGUCUCUUAUUAUACCCGAUUAUUUCUACAAUUGGAAACCAUUUUUGAAAUUUUCAAGUUCGGGUAAACUGAUUAACAUGAGACCAGAUUUGGAAUCGGAAUUAACACGAUUCGAAGAAGUUUCCGAUACACCAUGCCUCGACUACGUACAAUACCUCAACGAAUGCGGUUGUUCAAAAUGCAAUCGGGCUCGGCUGAUAUUUGAAGAACUUUCGUUGGAAAAAUCCCUUCAAGAUCAACCCACUACUUUUAGAUUGACUAGAGAUUCCGUGCUGGAUUCCAAAUACAGACUAUCGUACAUGACAGUGAUUCGAAUGUUGAAAUCUAGACUCCCGUUGUCUGAAAACAUGUCAAAAUAUUACUCAGGGUUAGAUCUGUUACAGCUGCCAUUCAUGAAUAUAACGGAUAUCAAUUGGACGGAUAUGAGCUCCUUUAACUCGAUCGUUCUAUUGAUAAUCCAUAACAUAUUGGACGAGAUCAAGUAUUUUGUUUUGAAUAUUCCCAAUCUCAGUGAACUUUGUCUAGGUGGAAUCUUUUUUCGAAUCACAAGAACUCGUCAUCAGAUCAGCAUUGUAUCUGUUACUGAUAGGUUCUCUCUAAAAAUUGAAACUAAUGAUUAUGAUUAA